UGAAUGUUCUCUUUGUGCGCGCCCGAUAUUGCUUUGUCGCUUUCCUCACGCACCAACCUUUCCACUCUGCUGUUCCCAUCUUGGAAUAAUCGUCGCCAUCAUGUCGGAGUCUCAGUCAGCAGUGCUAUCCCAAGGCGUGGGAUAUGGGGUCGUCGUGGGCAUUGGAUUCUUCUUUACAGUUGUCAUGGCCGGCAUUUCCAUGCUUCAGAACCGAUACACAAACUUCUCUACAAGAACGAGUGAAGAGUUCAACACGGCGAGCAGAAAUGUGAAACCUGGUCUCAUUGCUGCUGGUAUUGUCUCAGCCUGGACCUGGGCAGCGACACUUCUUCAGAGCAGCACGGUCGCUUAUACUUAUGGCGUAGCUGGACCAUUCUGGUACGCCGCAGGAGCCACCGUUCAGAUCCUGAUGUUCUCAAUCCUUGCCUGCAAGACCAAGAUGAAUGCUCCUCGAUGCCACACGUACUUGGAAAUCAUCCAAGUCCGCUACGGCACUGUGGCCCACCUUGUCUUCAUCUUCUUUGCCCUCGUCACAAACAUUCUGGUCGGAUCUCAGCUCCUACUGGGUGGCUCAGCCGUGGUCACCAGUCUUACAGGCAUGAACGUCUACGCAGCCAUCUUCCUGAUCCCCCUGGGCGUGGUGGCAUAUGUCCUGAUGGGCGGGCUUCGCGCGACGUUCCUUUGUGAUUACUCUCACACGCUGAUCCUGAUGGUGAUUAUCCUCUACUUCAUGUUCCAGGUCUACUGCACGGACGACCUCAUUGGCUCUCCAUCUCGCAUGUUUGAGCUGCUGAAGAAAGCAGCGACGCUUCGACCUGUGACGGGCAACCAGGACGGCAGCUACAUGACUUUGAAGUCCAACAACGCCCUGAUCUUCGGCGUCAUUCAGCUCUGUUCCGGCAGUGGCACUGUCUUCUUGGACCAGGCGUACUGGCAGAGAGCCAUCGCAUCUCGUCCUACCACCGCCGUCCGGGCAUACAUUCUAGGCGGGCUGGCCUGGUUCGCUAUCCCAUUCGGCUUCGCAACGACGCUAGGAUUGGCCUCAGUCGCACUGACCGACAACCCAGCCUACCCUACAUAUCCAAACGCGCCUUCGUCGAGUCAGAUCUCCGCCGGCCUCGCAUCUGCCUUCGCAGCAAGCACCCUGCUCGGCAAAGGCGGGGCCGUGGCCUUGUUGAUCACGCUCUUCAUGGCGGUGACAUCUUGCGCGUCUGCGGAAUUGAUCGCCGUCUCCUCGAUCCUUACCUUUGACAUCUACAAGGCGUAUAUCAAGCCCAAUGCCACGCCCAGCAAUUUGAUCUUCAUGGCCCACGUCAACGUCGCCGUCUUCGGCUUAACCAUGGCCAUCUUCGCCAUCAUCUGGAACGUCAUCGGCAUUGAUCUGGGCUGGUUGUUCCUGGUCAUGGGCCUCUUGAUUGGUGGUGCUGUUUUCCCUGUCGCAUUUGCCAUAACGUGGAAAGGGCAGAGUCGAGCGGGUGCCAUCGCUGGAGCUUUGAGUGGUCUCGCAGCCGGGCUCACUGCCUGGCUUGUUGAGGCAAAGGUCUACUACGGGGAGCUCACCCUGACGACUACGGGAUCGAACUACGCCACGCUGGCAGGCAAUCUAGCCGCCAUCAUGACAGGGCUGAUUGUCUCGGUUGUGGUGUCUUUGCUCAAGCCUGAUAAUUAUGACUGGAGCACGACGCGGGCCAUCAACGCAGCGGGCUCCCAUGGUGCUCUGGAGGGAACUACUCCUCCGGCGGCGGAUUCUUCCCGGCCAAGCACGACGCAGAGUAGCGGCGGCGCAAAGACAAAGGACAUCAAAUCUGUCAGCGAAUCACCAUCCCCGGCACCUAUCUCGCCCGUGCUCGCACCUACAUCGGCACCCGAUGAAAAGCAUAUAGCGACAACCAUGAACCACGACGCUGAUCCCAUCCGCGCCGACGAAGAGCGCCAGAUGUCCCUAGACGCGGCCAUCGAGGAGCAUCCGUCGCGGCUGCGCUCGGCCUUCAAACUCGCCUGCAUCGCCUCGUUCGUCUUGCCCUUCAUUAUGGACUUUUUGAUCCCCAUCCCCAUGUUCCUGAGCCAUUACGUCUUCUCGGUCGGGUUUUUCACCGCCUGGGUCGUCAUCAGCUUCAUCUGGGUCUUCAGCUCCGCCUUGAUUAGUGUGGCCUUGCCCAUCUGGGAGACUAGGAGGUUCUUUGUCAUGCUGUUCACGGAGGUUGUUGGGGAUAUGAGGGGGAGGAAAAGGUCGGCAUGAGAAAGGAUUGUAUGAGAUCCAUCCAACCAUUCACGGUCACGAAUAUGAUGUUGAGCAGAUUGCUGUUACCGAUUAUUCCCCCAUAAACCAUAGACAUAGAGACGACUUAGAGACGACAUAGGGAUCAUCGUUCAACUUGCAGCUAUUACCAUAAAUGCAAAUUGCGACAAGUCCGUUG